AUGGUCUUUCUCAUGAGAUUUAGCAAAAAUGCUACUCUGCAUCGAUACCAAAUUUUCUUUUUUAAUCUUUCAUUUUUUUUUUGUUUGCGUUUGUUUCUUCUUUAUUCCUAUUUUUCUCUGGUUACAUUUCUUCUUUUAAUUUUUCAUUAUUUUUUCUUUCUUUUUUUUGCCCAUUCUCAUUUUUCUUUUUCUCCUUCUCAUUUUUGCUUUUUAUGUUUUACUUUAUUUUUCAUUCUGUGUGUCUUUCCGCUAUCAUUUUGUUUUCUUGAUUUUUCUUUUUUUCUACACAAACUAAUUUUAUCUAUUUUUUUUUCUUCUUUGGAAUAUCUUUUUUUGCUUUUUAUUUUUUUUUUAAUUUCUUCAUCACUUUCUAGUAUUUUUCUUUCCUUCUCUUUUUCCAGUUUUAUUCUUUCUCAUUUUCUUUGUUUUCUUUCUUUGUCUAUUUCCAAUUUCAUUAUUCUUUCUUUCUUAAUGCCUUUUAUUUUUCCACAUAUGGUAUUUUCUUAUCCUUUUCCUGCUUAUCAUUCCUGUCUCCUCCUCCAAUUCCUUGUCACUCCUCUCUCCUCCUCCACCUUGUCACUCCUUUCCCUCCUCCUCCUCAUUUUUCCUUGUCUUUCUCCUCUUCUUUGUCACUCCUGUCUCCUCCUCCUCUUCUUUGUCACUCCUGUCUCCCCCUCCUCUUCUUUGUCACUCCUGUCUCCCCCUCCUCUUCUUUGUCACUCCUGUCUCCCCUCCUCUUCUUUGUCACUCCUGUCUCCCCCUCCUCUUCUUUGUCACUCCUGUCUCCCCUCCUCUUCUUUGUCACUCCUGUCUCCCCCUCCUCUUCUUUGUCACUCCUGUCUCCCCCUCCUCUUCUUUGUCACUCCUGUUUCCUCCUCCUUGUCACUCCUCCUACAUCCUUUUCUUCUUUGUCGCUCCUGUCACCUCCUCCUCCUCUUUGUCGCUCCUGUCACCUCCUCCUCCUCUUUGUCGCUCAUGUCUCCUCCUGCUCUUCUUUGUCGCUCCUUCUACAUCCUUCUCCUCCUCUCCAUUGUUAAUCAAUUUCUUUCAUCACUCCUUUCUCCUAUUUUCUAUGCCUCCUUUUGUCACACCUUCCUCCUCCUCCUUUCUUUCUAUUCUCCACCUAAUUCCCUAUCUUUUUUAGUCUCUCUUUUUGCCCUCUUCUUCCUUUCUUUUACACUUGUCACUCCAUUCUCCUCAUGUGUUCUCUCCUUUUUCUGA